AUGACAAGUAGCUUCCCACCAUCAACAGAAGUGACGAGUAGCUUCCCACCAUCAACAAAAGUGACAUGUAGCUUCCCACCACCUACAGAAGUGACAAGUAGCUUCCCACCAUCUACUUCUGUAGAUGGUGGGAAGCUACUCGUCACUUGUAGCUUCCCACCAUCUACAAAAGUCACGAGUAGCUUCCCACCAUCUACAGAAGUGACAAGUAGCUUCCCACCAUCUACAAAAGUGACAAGUAGCUUCCCACCAUCUUCAGAAGUGACAAGUAGCCUCCCACCAUCUACAGAAGUGACAAGUAGCUUCCCACCAUCUACGGAAGUGAAGAAUAGCUUUCUAUCAUUUACAGAAGUGACAAGUAGCUUCCCAUUAUCUACAGAAGUGACAAGUAGCUUGCCACCAUCUUCAGAAGUGACAAGUAGCCUCCCACCAUCUACAGAAGUGACAAGUAGCCUCCCAUCAUCUACAGAAGUGACAAGUAGCUUCCCACCAUCUUCAGAAGUGACACGUAGCCUCCCACUAUCAACAGAAGUGACGAGUAGCUUCCCACUAUCAACAGAAGUGACAAGUAGCUUCCCACCAUCUUCAGAAGUGACAAGUAGCCUCCCACCAUCUACAGAAGUGACAAGUACCUUCCCAUCAUCUACAGAAGUGACAAGUAGCUUCCCACCAUCUUCAGAAGUGACAAGUAGCCUCCCACCAUCUACAGAAGUGACAAGUAGCUUCCCACUAUCAACAGAAGUGACGAGUAGCUUUCUAUCAUCUACAGAAGUGACAAGUAGCUGUCCACCAUCUACAGAAGUGACAAGUAGCUUCCUACCACCAACAGAAGUGAUGAAUAGCUUGCCACCGUCUACAGAAUGA